GCUCUUGCAGAGGCGCCUCCAUCUGGGAUGUCCAAGAAUGGAUACUUCUUUCAAGAAAUGGAGCAGCGGGAGGUGGAGCAAGAGGAGGGCAGCGAGUGCCGAGAGGAAGGACAGGACUUACCGAUCGCCUGUGGAGAAGACAUCCACCUCUAUGACAACCAGAUCAGCCCUGGGCCAGAUGCUGACGACUCUGGUUGUGUGUUACUGAACACAUCAAGACGGUAUGUGAAGCUCAUGAACUUUGAGGAGGAGGUUCGGGCACACCGGGACUUGGAUGGCUUCCUGGCAAGGGCUAGUAUAUUGUUGGAUGAGACAGCCGCCUCCCUGGAUGAUGUUCUCAAGAGAAUGCUGCAUCACGUAGCCGAGGACAGCCUCGUGUGUGAGCCUGGGUGCAACUUUGAGGAGGUGAUGAGCAUGCUUUUCACAGACGCAGGAGCUCAAGAAGUCAACGUUCAUCUGCUGUCUGAGACGAUCCAAGGUGUGACGGCAACAGCCACUGGGGUCCAAUACCAGCAGUCCUGGCUCUGCAUCCUCUGCAACGUCAAGCACCUCCAGAGACGUCACGUGUGCAUCUCCCGUCUGGAAAGGCCGCAAAACUGGGGAGAGAAUUGCUGCGAGGUCCGCUAUGUCAUCCUGAUACUUGCCCCAUCGAAGAUGAAAAGCACCAAGACAGCAAUGGAGCUGGGCAGGACAUUUGGCACCCUGUUCUCUGACAUCUCCUUCAGACAGAAGCUGUUGGAGACAAAGACGCAGGAGGAGUUUAAGGAGGCUUUGGUUUUCCAGAGGCACCAGCUUACUGCAGCCAACCAGCAGCCCAUUCCUCUGGGAAAGAAGGAGACGGUUCCCCGCAGUCAUAAACCUCUCAAGUGUAAAGAUUUCUUCAGAGCCGGUCGAGGGAUUUAUGAGGACUUGCGUCGCAGACUGCCUUUCUACCCUUCUGACUUCACAGACGGUAUAGUUGGAAGUAAUAAAACCCUGCUGAAGUACAUGACCACAGCCAUCUUCCUCUACAUUGCCAUCCUCCUCCCUGCUAUCGCUUUCGGCUCCCUCAAUGAUGAGAGUACCCGUGGCGAAAUCAAUGUUCGGAAGACUAUCAUUGGCCAGAGCAUCGGUGGAGUCAUCUACUCAUUAUUUGCUGGCUCCCCUUUAGUUAUCCCUCUCACCACUGCUCCCCUCGCCAUCUUUAUCAGUGUGAUCCGAGGAAUCUGUGAUGACUACAACUUGGAUUUCCCAGCCUUCUACGCCUGCAUUGGUUUGUGGAACUGCCUCUUCCUUAUCCUGGGAGGAAUCUUUAAUGUCAGUCUGCUCAUGAAGCUAUUUAAAAGGUCAACAGAAGAAGUCAUUGCUCUAUUCAUUUCCAUAGCAUUUGUAGUUGAUGCUGUAAAGGGAACAGUCAAAAUCUUUCAGAAGUACUACCUAGAAACAACUCUGGAAAACAGCAGCAUAGUUUUUCCUCAGGGUGGAGACCUGCAGGGAGGAAACAGGAGUGAGGUGGUGGCCAGGUCUGCGUUGGAUGUUCUGCCUGAAUCUGUCAUCCAGUGCACUAGAGAAAGGCCACUCCUUUGCCUUCUGCUGAUGCUCGGAACAUUAUGGAUGGGCUAUACCCUCUAUCAGUUCAAAAGAAGUCCGUUCCUGCAUGCCAAAGUGAGAGAAGUGCUGUCGGACUGUGCCCUGCCGAUCUCAGUGCUGCUCUUCUCCUUCAUUGGCUCCUACAUUUUUAGCGACAUCGAGCUUCCAGUCUUUAAAGAUCACGAUCGGCCCGUGUUCAACGUGGCGCCUUUUGAGCGGCUGUCGGCCAUGAACGUAGUCAGCGCCAUGGGACUCGGCUUCCUCCUGGCUCUUCUCAUCUUCAUCGACCAGAAUAUUGUGGUUUCUCUGACCAACGCUCCAGAGAACAGGUUGCUCAAGGGUACGGCGUAUCACUGGGACCUGAUGCUCUCUGGCCUCAUUAACAUACUCAUGUCGGUGCUGGGGUUGCCCUGGAUGCACGCCGCCUUCCCCCACUCCACCCUACAUGUGCGCCAGCUGGCUUUUGUGGAGCAGCGUGUGGAGGGGGGGCACCUCUAUGAGACUAUUGUCCAGGUAAAGGAGACCCGCCUGACAUCUCUGGCUGCCAACAUCUUUAUUGGCGUAUCAGUUCUGCUGCUGCCCGUUCCACUGCAAUGGAUACCCAAACCCGUCCUGUACGGCCUCUUCCUCUACAUCGCCCUCACCUCCAUCGACGGAAACCAGAUGUGUGACCGCAUGGCUCUCCUCCUGAAAGAACAGACAUCUUACCCACCUACCCACUACAUUCGCAAAGUGCCCCAGAGGAAGAUCCACUACUUCACCUUCCUGCAGAUGAUGCAGCUGCUGGUGCUGUGCACAUUUGGCAUGUACCCGAUACCGUACAUGAAAAUGAUCUUCCCUCUGGUUAUGAUCCUCUUAAUCCCCAUCAGGAACAACGUGCUUCCUCAUAUCAUUGAGGCCAAAUACCUGGACAUCAUGGAUGCCCAACACAUGUAGCUUCAAAAGGAUUCAAGCUCUGGAUCAUCAAAGAGUCCCUGUAAGGAGGAGAAAAAUGGAAAUAAAAAACAAAGAAUUAAAAAAAAAAUUCUUAUUUUUUGAUGCAAAACUAUAAUGAGCGCAAAUAUGAGAAAUCCCGACUGUUUAGAUUUUUGUAUCCAGGAAGUACAUUCUGCCAGGUGAAGCACUGAAAAAACAUGGGAAGUCAAGGAAGGACGACAACUGAGAGUUUUCAUCAAUAUAUCCCGGAAUAGAACUAAAACGUCUCUGUGAAAAAGUCCUCCUUGAAAA